UUCUCGUUCUCAGAAACGUCAUUUUUGUUUAUCAAAGCAACCAUCUAAGCCUCGUAAGUUCCGAUUCAGUUGCGCACGGUGCGUGUUUUCUCCGUGGCCGAAAUAUAAAAUAGCAAUGUUCCCUCAGUUUGCGUACCUUCUGUUGGCCAUACUUGCGCUGGGUGUGAAGCGUGUUGCGGCGGACGGGUUGGACUUCGGCGAUGCCAGCGCACUGGUUAUUGCCAUUUUGCUAGGGAUCAUCGGCGUUCUGGCGUGCCUGGGACGGUACGCUCGCCGGCUUCAGGCCGAUCAGUUCUAACUUGGGCAAUCCCCAAACACAUCCAAAAACAAAUCCUUCAUUCCCCUCUAGUUUGUAAGUAUGAAUUACUGUUUGAAAAGUGUUCGAACCGCGACCGUGUUCGUCGGCACGCCACAGCGACAAAGUCCGCUGCUGACCACAACCCUCCGUUGGCACACUAAGCCUGCCCCAGAGUGUGCCGUGCGACACUUUUCCUACCAAGCCACGGUCGCUAGUUUCUGGCAAUCGCUCUCCCAAAGUACUCCGGUGGCCUACGUACAGCAGGGUCUGGUGGAUACCCACGAUUUCAGUGGGCUGCCCUGGUGGGCAACUAUCAUGAUCGCUACCGUGGGUCUCCGCACGAUCGUCACGCUACCGCUGGCGAUCUAUCAGAACAAAAUUUUUACCCGUUUGGAGAAAAUUUCUCUGGAAAUGCCUGAACUGGUCAAGGAACUCAAGCUCGAGACGGCGUACGCAAUCAAGAAAUUCAACUGGUCCGAGAAGGAAGCACGCAUCAUGUACAAUCGCUCGCUGAAAAAACAAUGGAGCAAACUAAUCGUACGGGAGAACUGCCACCCGGCGAAAACGAUGAUCCUGCUCUGGGGGCAAAUCCCGCUGUGGAUCGUACAAUCGGUCGCCAUUCGCAAUCUCGUCUCAAUGAUGCCGGAUCCCACCGCCAUCGGGGCACAGAUCGCCUACACUGAGCUAACGAUGGGUGGAUUUGGAUGGAUACCGAACUUAACGGAUGUGGAUCAUUCGUUGAUAUUUCCAGUAACACUCGGGAUCAUCAAUCUGGCCAUCAUCGAGAUUCAAUUGGCUUCGCGAACAAAGGUACCCUCGAAGCUACAGACUGUUUUUACGAACUUGUUCCGCGUGCUGAGCAUCGUUAUGGUACCGAUCGCAGCCACCGUUCCUUCGUGCCUCUGCCUCUACUGGGUCACCUCGAGUGCUUAUGGAUUGGGCCAAAAUCUGUUGCUACUUGCACCGCGCUUUCGACGUGCAGUAGGCAUUCCGAUUGUGCCAUCGGAACUGUCGCAUCCCUACCAACAUGUUCGCCAAACGCUCGCUGCAAAGCUCGGUCGUCUUGGGAUAGGUUCCUCCGGUGCCGGCUCCAGCACGAAAGCGUGAUCGUAGCGAAUCGUGAUCGAAUCAUAUAGUCGCCUUACUACGAAAAUAAGAGACAUGUUGGGAGUAAAAUGCCACGUCAAACAUUUAAGGUACAGAGUACAAAGGAACCGCAAAGGCUGGUCUUUGGUAGCUAUCCUUCCGUCGGUACGCGUCCACUCUACCGCUGUCUGAAGGAGCCGCGUCAGUUUCCUUAAACUCCGUGCUGGUGGAGCGACUGUUUGAGCUUCUCCUCGAUCCAGUCGCGGUAAAAGGCCACAUUCAGGUACACGCCCGGUUUGUUCGUGUAGCCGCAGUGUUUGCCCCACGACACGAUACCGGUCAGUGUGUA